UGCAAAAGGUGAAAGGGCAAGGGAGAGAACGAGAAUAGAUUUUGUGGUUUUCACAUCUCGCAUUUCUGUGGAGAAUCGCCAUGGCUUUGAACAGUGGAUUGAGAUCUGCUUCUCAGCUCUUCAAAUCUUCUCAACAACUCGUAUCCAAAUCAGUGAACAGAGGAUUCCACUCAACUGGGGUAAAGAGGAUGGGGGAAGGCCAUGGACAUGGGCAUGGGCAUGAUGAACCAUUCUAUCUCCAUGCCAAGCACAUGUACAACUUGGACAGGAUGAAAUAUCAGAAGGUGCAGGUGCCACUUGCUGUCUUAGGUGUCGUAUGCACAGGUGUUGGAGUGCCUAUUUUUGCUGUUGCUUACCAGCAGAGGAAGACUGCAUCAGCCUAAGCUAAUAUGUGGCUGCAAUAAGAGCAACGACUUUGGGUGCCUUGGUUAGUAGGCACUAUUGAUCUGUUCAAAUCAUCAAUCCUUUGCAGCGUUUUUGCUUCUUUUGUGGUUGCUUUCCCUUGCUUAAAUUCAUAAAUAUUUUGGGUACUGCAUUCAGUAAUAAGAUCAUAAGAUUUCUUAGUGAUGCUCUAACUUGGAUCCAAUGGUGGUUUCAUAGCUAUUGUUUCACACAUAUAGUGGUUCAAAGGAAUUGAGGCAUGAAUUUUGUUUGCU